CGGAAACGCGGGCAUCCCCGGAGCAGGCGGUGAGGGAGGCUGGAGCCGGCGCUGAGUCUGCCUCUCCGCGCUGGGAGAGACUCUGCCGUCCGGGGGCGGUGUGGGGGAAACACAGCCUCCUCACUCUUCCUGCUGAUGCAAUCUGCGAGAGAGCCCGCGAUCUCGGCGGCGGGAGGGCCCGGCUGCAGUCCCGCCCGCCACGUGUCGCUGCCGCCACCCCGCGCUGCCCUGGGCAUCCAUUCCCGCCGCCGCCGCCCCGCGCUCCAGCCGCCCGCGCACCCCGCCCGCGCCUGGGACGCAGCCGGCUCGCCCUCCGCGCGGUCGCAGCGGUCCCCACGGCCCACGGAACCAUGAAGGCGAAAGAUCUAAUAAUCACACCAGCCUCCAUUUUAAAGGAAAAACCAGACCCCAGUACUCUGGUUUUUGGAACUGUGUUCACGGAUCACAUGUUGACGGUGGAGUGGUCCUCACAGUGUGGAUGGGAGAAACCACGUAUCAAGCCUCUUCAGAACCUGUCCUUGCACCCUGGCUCCUCAGCUUUCCACUACGCCGUGGAGUUGUUUGAAGGACUGAAGGCAUUUCGAGGAGUAGAUAAUAAAAUUCGACUCUUUCGGCCAAACCUCAACAUAGAUAGAAUGCACCGAUCUGCUGUGAGGGCCACUCUGCCGGUAUUUGACAAGGAAGAGCUUUUAGAGUGUAUUAAAGAGCUUGUGAAAUUGGAUCAAGAAUGGGUCCCCUAUUCAACAUCUGCUAGUCUGUAUAUUCGUCCCACGUUCAUCGGAACUGAGCCUUCUCUUGGAGUCAAGAAGCCUACCAAAGCCCUGCUCUUUGUAAUCUUGAGCCCAGUGGGGCCUUAUUUUUCAAGUGGAACCUUUAAGCCGGUGUCCCUUUGGGCCAAUCCGAAGUACGUGAGAGCCUGGAAAGGUGGGACUGGGGACUGCAAGAUGGGAGGGAAUUACGGCUCAUCCCUUUUUGCCCAAUGUGAAGCCGCGGAUCACGGCUGUCAGCAGGUUCUGUGGCUCUAUGGAGAAGAUAAUCAGAUAACUGAAGUUGGAACUAUGAAUCUUUUUCUUUACUGGAUAAAUGAAGAUGGAGAAGAAGAACUGGCAACUCCUCCACUAGAUGGCAUCAUUCUUCCAGGAGUGACGAGGCAGAGCAUUCUGGACCUGGCACACAAGUGGGGUGAAUUUAAGGUGUCAGAGAGGUACCUCACCAUGGAUGACUUGACAACAGCCCUGGAGGGGAACCGGGUGAGGGAGAUGUUUGGCUCUGGUACAGCCUGCGUUGUUUGCCCAGUUUCUGAUAUACUGUACAAGGGUGAGACCAUACACAUCCCAACUAUGGAGAAUGGCCCAAAGCUUGCAAGUCGGAUCUUGGACAAAUUGACAGAUAUUCAGUACGGAAGAGAAGAGAGCGACUGGACAAUCGUAGUGUCCUGAAUGGAAAAUACAGGAUAUCAUCUGUGUGCUGUUGAGACAGACUGUUGCAACUGAAUUACGGCAGAUUUCUUUAGUUACCUGUUUUUAGUUGUGCAUAGUGUAGUUUGUAUUGUCGGUGUUACCUGGGUGAUUGUUUCCUCAUGCUAGAGAAGACGAAUUGCAAUCAAGAGCUAUUUUGUAAACUUGGUAGCAGAAGCUUACUUUACCUUCUCUUGGAAAGAUGAUCAUGUAAGCCAUAUAGCAUAGAAUUUUCCUCAAUAAUCGUAGUGCCUCCCUUAAUACUUUACUCAGAUACACAGGUAUUUGUUUAUUCCUUAGCAUAAGUUACAUUUUCCUCAACCAAAUGAGUUUGUGUUUGAAAACUGAUCUGAGUAAAUUUCAUGGGUAACAUUUCCUAUGAUGUAUCUUCAUCUUCAGAAAAUGGUUCGGUUGUGUUUUGUUUUGUUUUUCAUAAUUAAGACUUUGAAAAACUGGUUCUCUGCCCUCCACAUUUUUUUUGCAGCCCCCCCCAAUGUCCGUCUCAAGGUAAAUCUCUCCCCUUCUUCCUGAUGUUGUCACAGUCUGCUCCAAGUUCUCCUUGUGCAGCGGCAAGACCUGUGCACAUUUCCACCAUUGCCCUUUCUGCAGUGUGUUAUAAUUGGCUGUUUGUCAGGCUCCAGUACAGGACAGAGGGUCUUGUGUCUGAGAGAUCUUUGUGGUCCCCUGCCUGGCACAUAAUAGAUACUCAUUAAAUAAUGAAUAACAUUUAGCUUCUAUAGAAGUGUACCACCUUUGUUUCUAUAUUAUGAAACCUCUUUAUUAGAAUUCAUGGUUGAUUCUGACAUUGUGCACACGUACCUCAUAUUUUCUUUAUUUUCCAGGGACUUCUAAAUCAUUAGAGAUACUCAAAGACAUAGCUUGUUGGAGGGCUUAUUUCGUAUUUGAAAACUGUCUUGAAAUUGAAAUAACAGCUCCAGCGAGGUCUUGCUAUCAUACCAACCAAAUGGAAAUGACAUUUGUUAGGUGUUAAGUACAAAAUAAAUCCUCCUCUCUAGCUUUUCGGUAGAAAGCAAAGAGGUAUACUUUGCUUUUUUAGGUGUUCAUUUCUGUUGAAUGGGGAUUGGAUGAUCACGUGAUUAGGGUGCAGGGAGAGCAAUUCUAGAUGUUAUUUUCCUCAUUUAGGAGUUGUGAGUUAGAAUUGAUUCCUGGUUUAUCUAGGGGAAAGUCAGAUCUAGCUAGAAAACAUUUACCCUUGGAAGGUCAACUCUCAGACAUUAUAUUUUGGUUUCCCUCAGUUCCAAUAACUUUCAUCUUGCUGAUCAUAUUUCAUUCUCUUUUCAGAGGAAGGGGAAAAAAAACAUUCUAAAAGUUUGAUGUGUUAGAAAAAUUUCCUUAAGGCAUUUAGCAGCACAUAGCAAAUGGGGCUUUGAUUCUUUUCCAAGACUUUUGGCCAUAGGGUCCUUUUAGAUAGGAAUGGUAAAAUGAAAAUUAGGAAAGUAUAAGAUAAAAAGGGAUAGUAAAAAUAUCUUUUGGGGGCUUUUAAUUGGCAAACUGAAAUCUUGGAAGAGUCUGUUCUUUUCGGGCCUCAAGUACUUUAACUGUCCUCUACACACAUUCACCAAAUUCUAAGGGUAUGCACUUGCCUUGGCUAAAUCCUGUGACCUCGUUUUUAACUGAGUAGUCCAGAAAAGACUUAAAGGUAAUUCUAACCUGUCAAGUAGCACUUAAUAACUAGAUUCACAUUUCUAUGACAAACGGAAAUCAUUUGUUUGCCAUAAAUACAUUUUAUACUUUGCAUCUCUAAAUUUAGUAUGGCAACACAUGUCCGUCGUAGAAGUUAGAGAACAAUAUGUCUUGACAUUAUGUCUCUAUAAUUUCUUUCAUCAAACCUUAAGAGCAUUUUAAGCCCUUUCUACCAGAUGGAGUGAAAACGAAGGAUAUACAUUUUAAAACUGGAGGUCUCCUAAAACAGAGAACACAAUCUGCCAUUCUCUUUUAAGUAAUAAGACAGAAAAUUGACCUUGACACUAACUUGUUAAAUAGAUUUAAAAGGAACAUCUGCACAUCUUUUUUCCUUGUGCACUAUUUGUUUAAUUACAGUGGAUUAAUACAGCAAGAGUGACACAUUAUAACUAGGCAAUUAUCCAUUCUUCAAGACUUAGUUAUCCUAACACUAAUUGAUCAUUUAUGGCGUAAGAUAGUCUAGCAUUAGGAACAUGUGAGGCUAAUCUGCUCAAAAAGAUCAACAAAUUAAUAUUGUUGCUGAUAUUUGCAUAAUUGGCUGCAAUUAUUUAAUGUUUAAUUGGGUUGAUCAAAUGAGAUUCAACAAUUCACAUGUGCAUGAAUAUAAACAGAACUGGUGGCACUUAGAAUGAUAAUGAUUAACUUAUUUUGCAUGUUCUCUUCCUCCCACUUUUUUUUUUUUUUCAGUUUUUACAUUUCAGACCAAGUUUGUCAGCUUUUUCCUAAACACAUGGGUAGAAACCAGGAUUUUAAAAUGAAGUGUUCAGACAUAAACAAAACUUGGGCAUUUCCUAAAGAGACUUGCUGUUAGAAAUGUUCUUGGUUACAGUGAUUUAUUAAGGAUUCCAUUCAUGACGCACCCAAAGAACCAGCCACUGCAAGGGUAUGCAGCUCACUCUCUGGGACCUGCAACCAGCAGGAAUGAAUACACUAAUCCCUGUUUUUACCUUUGCUUUCAAAAACGCAAAGGAAGGAAAAAAGGGAAAGAAAUAAGAGAAAACUUGUUAGGUAAUCAUGGGUUUUGUUUUGUUUGGUAAACACCCUCUAUUUUUUUCUUGAAAUAUUACCAUUUAAAAAAAAAAAAAAAGGUCACCCACUGUGGCAGCACGAUAGGUAACACCACCUACAUGACAUGCAGAGUCAACGCUCCCAGAGUUAGGAGAAGCCUACGUUAGAUGCCAUAAAUUAUCUUCUUCAUUGUAUCCAUUUUUUUUGCUUGACGUGAUUGUACCUAAACAAGGGGUCUCGCUUUCCUCACAUCAGCACUCUUGAACGCUUGAGGCGAUUAGUGGGUGUAUUUUGGUCGGAAGAAUGGUAGGAGCCUCUUCAUUAAGGUGGUAGGAUCAGCUCCCUCCACUUUAGGGGAGAUGUGCUAUAAAAUCAACCGCCAGAACAAGUUUAUGCUCCCCAUUCCCACUCAGCGCUCAGUCACUGUGUUCUUUUUCCUUACAAAAUUCCUGUUUGAAAGUAUAUGUUCAGUUUACCAUUAUGAUUGGGAAAAUGACAAUGCUUGUCCACUUUAUCUUUUCUAAAACAUUUAGGGCAAUCAGGAUUCAUUAGAGGGACUAAAGCGAAGGGCUUUAGAGAAACAUUGUAAGCAUCCCCUAUUUCAUGUUCUGAUGCUAUUAGAGGGACUAAAGUGAAGGGCUUUAGAGAAACAUUGUAAGCAUCCCCUAUUUCAUGUUCUGAUGCUAAAUGUGAUCAAACAAUUCUUUGUAAUGUGGAUUUUUUCUUUUGUGGCUAUGCGGAAGCUUAAGUUGUAAAUAGUAAUGCUCACAAAUAGUUUUAGUGGACACUUUAUAACAGCUGUCACUUUGUUUUACCACAACUAGAAUUUGUUCACCUGUUUUCCAGAUAUCUCCCCCCAAAGGAGACAAAGAGUACCAGCUAUUUGAUAAGCAUUACUUAUGACAAACAUCAUAAACAUUAUAGUUCAUUUGGUCAAUUAAUUAGAUAAAUGUUGUGUACCCACAAAGUUGAAUCUAACGUAACUAGCAAUAGGGAUUAGGAAGUUAGUUUUAGAAAAUAAAUAGUACAUAAACAUUGUAUUCAUGGAGUUGAUACUCUACUACUUAAGCAAAUUUUUAGAUAAAAAAAAGAAAUAUUUAAUGCAGUUAGAUAGUAAGGAGAUAACAGAACACAUCUCUCAUCAAGAAAUCACAAUGAACAUUUUCAUCUCAUUUUUUUAAAGGAAAUUUGCCCCUAUUUUCAUUCCUUCCUUCCUUCUAGUGUGAAACUGCUCAGUAGGGUUAGUAUUUAGAGGUUAUUAGCCACUGUCUACAUGGUGUGGAUUCCCUCUUGGUUUACUGCUUACUGCCAAUCUACCUGGUGCCUUUGUUAACUACUUUCCUUGGAGCAGUGUUAACUUAACAUAGUUCAUCUAACAAAAGAUCACCUUAACUUAGAGCAUCCUUUCUUGUCUUAAACUCAAAGUCUGGUAUUACUGAAAUAAAAUAUUCCUAGGAUGUGUUUUUCUGGAAAAUAUCUAUAAUGAAUCAAACUGUUUAGAGUGUUAGCUUGAAAAUGAUGGAUCCAGCUACUCAGAAAAAUCACAGGUGGAAGAGUAAUAUAACAACGAUUUUUCAUGGUUUGAGGUUUCAAAAGAAAGACCAUUUAAGGUAUUGCAAUGAGAUUAUUGUAUUCGUCAUUGCCAAAACACCCUUGAAGAAAUUCAAAGGUAGAAGAAAGUGAUUUUUCUCUUCCGCAUACAUACUCUAUGACAAGACUUCUCAGAUAUUAAUUUGGGGAGGCUUGAUUUUAAAAAGUCAACAAGAUAUAAUAGCAUUUGUGGGUAAAUAAUUCCCUGGGAUUAGAUAUAAGUAAAUAUAUUUGGGUUAGUAAAUGGUAAAGGCAUGAAAUUCAGUAUUAGAAAUGAACCAGUCUUUAAAAUCUGGUGAGCAAAAUGACAGAAGUCUUAAGCAAUCGUAUUCUGUCUGGAGCUAUAUUUUUCCUACCACCAUAGACCUUGUUAAUAAGGCCUGAAACUUGGGUUGCACAAUGUCCAGUUUCCAGAAUCCACUGUUGGGACGGUGAGAAUUGACAAUAAGCUGUGGUAUGAGAAUGAAUUGAAAUACGGUUUCAUUGAUGGAUUUCUCUGCACAUCCAUUUCACAAUGGCUAGGUUGCCUGUUACUAAAUUAUGGGGAAACUUUUAAUUAGAGAUGUCAGAAGAAGAACUCAAGGUAGAGGAAGGAAUGCGGGGGGGGGAUCAAAUUUGCUUCUGUGUUGUCCAGAGAAUCUUUUCCUCAUUCUGCCAGCCAUAGGCACCUUCAGCUUUCAACAUAGGUGCCAAAUACAAAUAGUGCCAAUGAGGAAGGGGCUAAAUAGAGUGGCCAGUUCCUCAGACACUAGAAUUAGGCCUUGAUCUUGAGGUAAUAAUCUGAUGGUCUUGUUACAUGGAAACCACUUCACUACAAAUUUAGCUAAGACUUUAUUGUAUAAUUGCAACCGUCUGUAAGCUCUAUUGUGUCAUUUCUUCAACAAUUUAAGAUUUGUGAAGCUUCUUGAGGCUGAAAAAAUAAGCACAAGGAGUGGAUUGUGCCUUUUGCCCUGCCCCCCUCCCCUCCCCCCCCCUUAAAAAUACAAUUUACCACCAUCCCAUUUUCCUUGGUGAAGGUUAAGUGAUUUGGAAAUCAGUUGAAUAUUGACAUUUAGUUUUAAAUUAAAAUCAUGUUGCAGUUUCCCUAAGUUGAUUUCGCAGUGGUCAUUAAAGUCAUUCUCAGGGUUAACGCAGGAAUGCAAGUAUCUGCCUCAAUUUUUACUUCAUUGAUAACAUUUUGAAGAGUGCAGGAAUUCUCUCAACUGUAUGGCUGUGUAAGUAGAUUUUGAAUGAACUCUUACGAAUAAGCUAGCUAAUCUGGAUGUAUCUAUAAAUUCUGCAGAUGUUUCCCUGGUGACCUCUGAGAAUGAAUGAUGGUUCUGUAGUGGACUCAAGUAGCUAAUAAACAGAGCCUAACCCACUGUUGUGAAGAAUUUGCACUUGCUUGAUAGUGGUGGCUGAGAGAAAAUAAGUAGUUUGAGGAAGUAGUUUUUAAAUCAGAUUUUACUGAUAGAAACAGGAGUGUAUCAGCUUAACUAUGGAAUUUUUAGAAUGUGUUGUCGUGCGUCUAAAUCUAAUUGCAAUGAAAACGCCCAGCCUUUCAGUCUCUCGAAUUUCUCUAGUUGUGUAGUAAUUCUUGAAAUCCUCUUUAAGGAAAAUCAAGGAGAACGCUUUGUAAAGAAGGCUUGGCCUUCUGGAAGAGCUGUUUACAGGUUAUGUGAAAGGACUUAAACUCAUUGAAAGUGUAGUGGAAAUGUGGAGAACAAUGUGGGUAAAGGAAACUACCUCACUCUUUGAAGGUUUUGUAGAAGCACAAUUAAACCUCCUAAAAUGGCUUUGUCACAUAUGAACCAUCUGGUGUGAAAGAGCUCUAUAUUUGUAGUGUCUAAAGGACCUGGGAUAAUUGUAUUUUGCUGGCAAUAGACACAUUCUUUAUUGUUUGCAGAUUCCUCAUCAAAUCUUUAAUUACACACUUGUUUCUGCCAUCAAUAAAACAACUUAAAAGAA